AUGUCCUCACCUCUUUCUCCAUUCACGCCACCAGUUGUUAAAAGACUGCUUGCUUGGAAAAAAGGAGAACACGAGAAAGACGAUAAGUGGGCAGAGAAAGCAGUGAAGAGUUUGGUGAAAAAACUGAAGAAAACAGGCAGUCUUGACGAACUGACCAAGGCGCUUUCGACACAAGAUCCCUGCACAAAAUGUAUUACAAUACCCAG